AAGGUGCAACAGCAGUAUCUGACUGAUGACUUUUCCACUUGUCUGCUGAGCUAGUUUGAAUAUAAACCAUAGCACGCAAUUUGUUUUUGUGUAAAGAACCUUCCAUCAUUAAUUCGAUCACAAAUUAAUAUUAAUUAAAUUUAUAAGCCAUGUCUGACCUUGCUAGUAUGGACGAAGGAGUAUCAGGUUCAAAGUACAAUACAGGACAUAUGGAAUGUACAGGAAGAAGUGAUUAUGAUUCAACUGGAAAAGCUCAUGCACAAGUCGAACAAGAACUUGCAACAAAAAUGUUGCAAAUACAGUCAAAACGUUUUUAUUUAGACGUUAAACAAAACCGUCGAGGACGAUUUAUUAAAGUUGCAGAAAUUGGUGCAGACGGUAGACGUAGUCAAGUAUAUUUGGCUCUUUCAACGGCCGCUGAAUUUCGAGACCACUUAUCAACUUUUAGUGAUUAUUAUGCAUCAUUGGGUCCACCUAAUCCAGAUAAUCUUCCUGAAGAUGGCAAACUCAAAUCAGAAAUGAUGAUUAAAGAUAACAGAAGGUAUUAUUUGGACUUAAAAGAAAAUGCACGAGGACGGUUUUUACGAGUUUCCCAAACAAUAACGAGAGGGGGACCCCGAUCACAAAUAGCAAUACCAGCUCAAGGUAUGAUUGAGUUUCGUGACUCAUUAACAGAUUUACUUGAAGAAUUUGGAACCAAUGAUGGCGGAUUUAAAGGAGACUUACCAGAAGAGCGUCAUAUGAAAGUUGAUAACAAAAAUUUUUAUUUUGAUAUUGGACAAAAUAAUCGUGGAGUUUAUAUGCGCAUUAGUGAGGUGAAAAGCAAUUUCCGUACAGCUAUAACAGUACCCGAAAAAUGUUGGAUACGUUUUCGAGAUAUAUUUAGUGAUUAUUGUGACAAAAUGAAAAAAUCGUCCGAUUCAUCGUCAACCACUGCCGAUAACAAUCUUCAAACACCCACAAAUAAUUUAAAAUAAAAACUUUUAAAGUAUUUAUUUUCAAUUCAAGGAUUAAAAUAGAAUUUUAAAUAUAUAUAUUUUUGAUUCAAAAGUCAUAUUAUUCUACUAGCUCAGAUUGUUUUAAAUUAAGAAGUUAUUAAAGCGAAUAUAUUAUUAACUAUUGUAUAUAGAAUUGAACAUAUGCAACCAUGUUAUUAGAUGAAUAUAAAUAAGAAAAUCUUUUGAGAAUUUAAAAUAAAAGUUUUUAAUCGUUAUUAUAGCACACUAAUACAACAAAAACAAAAUUAUACUCGAGUAUAAGACAAGUACUUGUUGUUUUUAAGGCUUUAUUUUCCUAAUGAACUAAUAUAAUGACAUAAUAUCUUUAAAAUUAUUUGAUAAUAUUAAGACAUUGAUUAUAAGAUAUAGGUCAUGUAAUAAAGCAUUUUAUGAAAGUUUAAAUAUUGAAUAGAUGUUAUUAAGUGCAUUACUAGAAAUAUUAUAGUGAAUUCAUGUUGAUGUUAAUAGUAUUAAAAAUAUAAAUUUAUUGUUAUUUUUGGUUUUGUUUUAGUAAUGCUUUCGUUUAUAAAAAAAAAUAGAUAUGUAUAAAAUACAAAAUGCUUAAGUAAAUAUCUUUGUUUUUUAAUAAGUGAGAUAUCUGUGAAUGCUACACAUUUAAGUGGAUAAUUAACUUAAUUGACAUAAAUAAUAAAAUUCAUGUACAUAAAUAUAUAAAAUACAAAACAAAAUCUUAUGUGACAAUUAUCAUGCUUAGAUAAUGAAAAAUUUGAUUAAAUAGGUUCCACAAUAUAUGUAUGUAUAUUCCAACACUUCAUAAUAUAUUUGUAUAAAAAUAUGUGAAUGGAACAAUUACAAUGACUAGAUAUGAAAUUGCUUUUUGUUAACCAUUAUUGUACUGGUGUUUGUUUCAAUUUAUUUUAAUCUUCAAUUAUAGUUUUUUUCAAGUUUUGAAUAUAAGAUAAAUUGUUAUUAGACUAUUUUCUAUUAUUUGUUAUGUUUUACAUUUUAAAAGACAGUAACCGAAAAAAUCUAAAACUGAAAUCUAUGUGAGUUCAAUGAAUACAUACAUGUAUGUAUUCAUAUGUAUGUACAUACGACUUGAGUACCACUAUUCAUUAUUUAUCAUAUCUUACCUUAUUUAGAGUCAUAAAAUCCUUUUAAAGUGAAAAGUAAUUAAGCUAUAUGAUGCUCAUUCUGAAUUAUCGUCAAUUAAAUACUUAAAUUGAUUAAGAUUUUGAAAAUAAAGGCGAUUCAAAAGAAAAUUUUUUGGAAUGUAUAUCGAGCAUGUUUCAGAAAAAAAUAUAAAUUUAUUUUUAUUCGUUUCAUACAUCAAUGCUUUAAUGUUUUAGGAACCUAUUUUUAACAUUGAAAAUGUUUAUAAAGAUGCAUUCUAUAGAAAUGUUAAGCCUAACGGUCAAAUAUCGUGUUUUCGCCAACAUUGCUCUAUUUUCAUGAAUUUGCAUGACGAAAUAAAAAUAACUAAAUAAAUAGAAAUCAUCAACUGUAUAACGAGACUUUAUAUUUACAUGCAUGUUUGAUUUCUCGUUAAAUUUUUCAAAUUUUAUGAAAAUAUAUCUUUAUUGAUAUAUUCUAAACGUAAAUUAUAGAAUCAGAAAUAAAAAUUAAUCAGCUAAAAUAAAAUGUUUGUAACAACACAA